GUUGAGGUUAGUUGCAUUAGUUACACUUAGCUCUGUGCUGGCUCGGCUGGAAGCAUUUUGCUUUGCCCUUGUGUCCGUGUGUUUUUGCGAUCUCCGCGUAAAUCCACCACCAUCAGGUUCAUGGUACAGAUUCUAGCUAAUAAUCGAAAGGUAAUCGGAUUAGGUAUUGCUAAAUUAUCGCCUAGCUCGUAAGAUCGAACGCCUCGCUCCCCUGCCUCUUUCUCAUUACGUAUAGCCGAUAUACGGUACCGUAACCCGUUGCCUGGUGCUUCUAUUCCAACAGCAACGACAUCUAUCCCAACUGCACUCAGCCGCGUUUUGCUGUCAGCAGUCAGGUCUCCGCCAUGACAGUCAUUCGCCUACCCGCCCUCGUGUGAGUUUACUCACUUACGACGGGUACCAACAUCAUGAAUCCGAGAUAUAAAGAUGGCAGUUCAUCGCCGGUUCAAAAUGACUUAUUCUCAGCAUCAUCUCAUACUCUCUUACAUCUUCAGCAUAUAUACCAUCUAAUCAUUAGUACUUAUACCUAAUCAUACGUCUGCUCAUCUUCUCACUAUUCUCAUAAAAUCAUAUCCAUAACCACUCAUAAUCUACACUCUUCGACCACAAUCACAUACCUAGUCACCUACAACCUUCUAAUAAAGAUGUUUUCCAUCGUCAAGACCGCCACCUCCCUAGCCUGCCUCGCAGCAGUCGUCCUAGCAGGCCCCAUCAACAAGAACUCACUCUCACGCCGCGAAUGGACCGACUGCCCGACCGGCACCGUAUUCUACGCCUGCGCAAACGGGUACCGGGGGUGCUACCAGCAAGACCCGUGCGCGCUCCCGCCCAUCGCCAGCACAAGCCUACCCGCAACCCCCACCCCCACCACCUCCGUCACCGCCGCCCCUCCCACCGCGACCUGCCAAAGCGGCAGCAUCUGGCAGCCCACCAUGUACAACCUCGACCUCCUGCAGCCGGACCUCUCUCAAACCCCCGUCACAUACCUGCAAGUCCAAGCCUCCGGAGCCAGCAAACAGCUCGAGCAAGUCGUCGUCUUCAGCGGGAUCCCCGCCGGCGCGAAGACAUGUAACCUAAUGUGGGCACAAGCCGCCGAAGCCGAGCGGACCUUCGUCGUCGACGGAAGCGGUCUCGCCGCGAUUCUCCCGCUCACCGGGGUCCCAUCUCUAGUUUCCGCGAACAGCAUCAAGCCGUACCUGCCGGCUGCGGAUACCAAGCCCGUGCACCCGGACUUCACGUUCUGGGACAAGCAGAGCAAGGACGCGGCGACGCAUACGGUGGGCCGGUUCAAUUGCGCCGAGGAGGUGUAUUAUAAGAUCCAGCUGGAUACGCAGAAUGGUGAUGGUCGCGUCUAUCUCGAGCAGGAUGGGAAGAAUGGGCUUUAUGUUACUUAUGAGUGCUAGGUUCGAACCUAGUGUCUGUUUUUCUGUCUAUUUGGGCACCUUCUAGGUGCUUGAUUCUGGGGCUUGGGGACACGGGGAAUGCUUUACGGGAUAUAUGAUGGGAUGGUUUCAUGGAUCACUCAUUUGCAUCAGCGAUGGAGUUUUUGAUUUUGGGGGUUUGCUUUUGGCAUUGGUAGGCGCUCCUUAUGCGGUAGAGGGGAUUAGGUAUAGAUGGCUUGUAUCGGAUCUGGGAUAUUUUGAAAUAUUUAGACUUAUAAUUCGUAUAUAUAAUUAAACUUGAAUCCUACCUUUACAUAGCA